CAGAGGCAGAGAGCAGCACACACAACAGAGGAGCAAGCCGUCGAGAACAGAGAGGAGGAAGGGCGGGACGAUGCGGCCGAAAGACCCACCAAAACGACGAAAAUCGCCCCAAAACGCGACACUGGCCAGGGCAGAUGACGGCGGAUAGACACUGCCUGGAAAUGGGGAUUCCCUUGAUGUUUCACAAAUUGCGUCAAAGAAGAAAGAGAUCAUCUGACCCUAGCUAAAUGGGUUGACAUUUAGCCAACAUGGAGUCGUGAGUUGAAGGAUUCGGGUGAUUCGCACCGCAAUGGAGAUUUCAGAGACGUGGACUGGUGUGAAGAUUUUUGAAUUUUGAAGAAAAAGAAGACAGCUCUACCCCAUUCAACUGGAUAUUGCUGAAGUGGAGACUGCGUUGUUUAACGUGAAGAUUGCAAGUGAUUUGGCAGUUAGCCAAAUUUUGACAAGAUGAAACCGUUUUCUGACUGGACUUUGACGUUUGGAUUUUUACUUUUUAAGACAACGUGGACACUGGAACACCGUUGCUGGCUGUAUAGUGGACUUGUUUAAAAAUGACACUGUUGUUUUUGGGAAACACAAAAUCCGCCUUUGUACAUUUGAUAUUCAAAUGUUGUUUUUAAAUAAAGUGUAUGUCCUCGUAUUUUUCCUGGCUUUGUUUCAUUAGCUAAUUAACGAGAAAAUCACAGGAGGAUAUUUGGCGUAAUAUUUUGAUAACGUUAGCUCGGCUGUUGUUUUAAUAUUUCAGCUAACCCAUACAACAAAUUCAUUUGGUUUGCACUGACUUCGUGUCACUUAUCAUCAAGGUUUGCCCAUUUAACGUAUAAGCUAGCUAAGUGCUUAAGCUUCGUACUGGGUUGAUGAAUCUCCUGAAGUAAUGCUCUCUGUUUCGGGUGUUGCUAUACAAUGGAAAUUACAUUCCACUGGUGAGAUACAGGGGGUAAUGGUUGAUGAAAAUGCACCCUUGUGCCUUAAUAAAUCCUAACUUAACUUAAUCAAUCAAAACAACUGAAUACACUAAUUUUUGUAAAAUACACUGAAAGAAGUUAAAAGGCUUUUGGUCUGAACAGAAGUGGUUUCCUAAGGGUCUCUAAAAUGGCUCCUGCUUGUCCUUCUUCCUGUCUGAGCAGGAAGUGAUGCAAUUGGUGCAAAAUAAUUAUACACUUUUACAGCCUCUCAGUAUUGUUACAUUUUAUGAAGUGGUAAAAAAAGGUUUCAACUUUUAAGCGUGUGUUCUUGGGCUGAAAACAUAUAUGUAAGUUUUUAUAAAAGCAAAUUUUAAACAUAAUAAAGGGGGUGGGACUUAAACAUCACCUGAGUGUGGUGUAAAUGGAAAUAACGUCAAUCAAAGGCAAAGCUUUCAGAGCUAGGAAGGAGCUCUAGAUGGCGGCUGAGCCUUGGGAAGGGUGCCAUAGGCUUUCGUUAGACCGUUUCUCUUGCCUGUUUUUCGACCGAAACCGCUUGAUUCUGAUAAAAAUUUGAGGGCUUUAAUCGUACGAUCGGUGUUUUAGCGAGGAUUUAUGCGUUUCGUGUGGUUUUUGGGCUGAUUUUUCGAGCCGAAUGAGCCGUCGGCGCUGGGGGAGUGAUUGUCGUUGUUUUCCAUACUGGGCUCUGGCAGCCAUGGCGCGCCUCCAUUUUUAGUGUGCUGCUCGCCUCUGUCGCUCUGAGUCUGACAGUAGAUGAAGACUUUAAAGGCCUACAAGCUUUUUGAAACAAGGCUCUUUUUUUGUAAUUUAUUGUUAAGUUAUUAUUUUUACAGUUUAUUUUUAUUCGAGUCGGAGAAAUGCCUGUGAUAGAGCGAACGUGUAUCUUAUAGUUCAUUUAUAGGUUAUCACCUUUCUUCACAUUGAAUUGGUCUGUUUACAUUGUGUAGUGCAUAAUUUACUGAUUUUCUCCUCCUUAAAUCUUAUUUUUCUAAUCCUUCAUGUGAUGACGCAGUUAGAAUUAAUUGCAUGCGGCUUGAUCCGUGGACUAUAUUGUAAGACAUAAGUUGGAUAUUUAACUGAUUGUAUUAGCACCUGUCAUUUUCCUUCGCUGUAUUUAAAUUGGCGAUGUAAAUAAUGAUCCUCAAAUCUUUCGAUUUAAUGCCUUUUUCUUAACUCGUGUCGCACCGCCUGGGUUUUAACUACCACCUGAGCAAAGGCAGUCUUAUUGGACUUGUAUGAUAGUUCAUACUUCCUCUAACUUUUUGACAGUAAAUACCAGGACAAAAGAUCAUCCUAUCAAAGAUUUUCAGGAUAAUACGAUGAUGAAGAAUAAAAGUAAGAAACAAGAGGAUGAAGGUUCGACUCAAAGCAAUGCAUCAAGCAAUUCAGCGUCAGAAGAAUCCAACCGCUCUGCGUCGGAGUCAGGAAGUCAGUCAGAGAGCGAGCAUGGCAGUGAGAGGAGGAGAUCCCACAACUCCGAGUCGAACAGCUCCUCAGAGUCAGAGAGUCACUCAGAGUCAGAGAGCGAGUCUGCAGAGUCCAAAUCACAGCAAACCACAGCAGAAGUCAAAGACAAGCCAGUUAGAAAGAAGGAGCGUCUGGCAGAUGUGAAGAAGAUGUGGGAUGAACAUCCAGAUGUGUAUGGGGUCAGGAGGUCGAAUCGCAGCAGACAGGAGCCGGCUCGUUUAAACAUUGGAGCUGGGGGUAGCAGUGACUCAGAGAGUGAAAGUCCCAAGAGAAAAACAUCACGAGCUAAGAAAAAGGAAAAUAUCUGGAAAGAUGAUGACUCAAAUGAUGAAGAGGAGGAUGAGGAGGAGGCUUCCGACAGUACAGACAGUGAACAGGAAGAGAAAAAAGUUAGAUCCAGACGACUUCCUGCUAGAAGACCUCAGACCAAAUCAUCAACAGCCAAAAAGCAGCUGUCUCAAAAAGGAAGGAAGUCCAGGAAACAGGAGUCGUCUGCUGAAGAAGACGACGACGAUGACGAUGACGACGACGAUGAUGAUGAUGACGAUGAGGAAGACACUCCGAAGAGACAAACUCGAAGAAGGGGUGCAACAAAAGUAAAAAGUUAUAAAGAAGACCAACAUGACUUUGAAACAGACUCUGAUGACCUGAUUGAAAUGACGGGGGAAGCAGGCGAGGAGCAGCAGGAUGAUGACAGUGAGACCAUUGAGAGGGUUAUGGACACCAGGAUAGGCAAAAAAGGAGCCACUGGGGCUUCCACUACUGGUUAUGCUGUGGAGGAAAAUGGGGACCCGUGUGAAGGCUUUGACCCCGAGACUGAUGAAGGGGAGGCUCAGUAUCUGAUUAAGUGGAAGGGCUGGUCCUACAUCCACAACACAUGGGAGAGUAUGGACUCUCUGACGCUGCAAAAGGUCAAGGGACUAAAGAAACUGGACAACUACAAAAAGAAACAAGAAGAGCUCAAUGCAUGGUUGAGGAAGGCAUCCCCUGAGGAUAUAGAGUUUCAUAACUGCCAACAGGAGCUCACUUGUGACUUGAGCAAGCAGUUUCAGUUUGUGGAACGUGUUAUCGCAACAAAAACAGGAAAGACACCAGGAACCUCUGACUUCCCCUCCCACAGUCACAAGACACCAUCCUCCAAUGAGCCAGAGUAUCUAUGCAAGUGGAUGGGCUUACCCUAUUCAGAGUGCAGCUGGGAAGAUGGAGCUUUGGUUGGAAAGAAGUUUCAGUCCUGCAUUGACAGCUUCAGAAACCGAAACUCCUGUAAAACCGUCCCCUCUAAAGACUGCAAGGUGUUAAAGCAAAGACCAAGGUUUGUUGCUCUGAAGAAACAACCAUCAUAUAUUGGAGAUGACAACCUUCAGCUGAGAGAUUAUCAGCUGGACGGGUUGAACUGGUUGGCUCACUCCUGGUGCAGGUGCAAUAGUGUCAUCCUCGCUGAUGAGAUGGGGCUUGGAAAGACCAUCCAGACCAUCUCCUUCCUGUCCUACCUGUUUCACCAGCAUCAGCUGUAUGGGCCCUUUAUAGUGGUGGUGCCCCUGUCCACACUCACCUCCUGGCAGAGGGAGUUUGACACCUGGGCCCCGGACAUGAACGUGGUGGUCUACCUUGGUGACGUCAUGAGCAGGAAAACGAUCCGUGACUACGAGUGGGUGAACCAUCAAACGAAAAGAAUUCGUUUCAAUGCAUUAUUAACCACUUAUGAAAUUCUACUUAAAGACAAGGGGGUGCUUGGGAACAUCAACUGGGCGUUCCUGGGUGUGGAUGAAGCUCACAGGCUGAAGAAUGAUGACUCCCUGCUGUACAAAACAUUAAUGGAGUUCAGGUCCAACCACAGACUCCUCAUUACUGGCACUCCGCUACAGAACUCCCUCAAAGAGCUCUGGUCACUGUUGCACUUCCUCAUGCCUGACAAGUUUGAUUCCUGGGAGGAUUUUGAGGAUGAACAUGGGAAAGGAAGGGAUAAUGGUUAUCAGAGUCUUCACAAAGUCCUUGAGCCCUUCCUUCUGCGACGUGUCAAGAAAGAUGUAGAAAAAUCUCUCCCCGCCAAGGUGGAACAGAUCCUUCGUGUAGACAUGACUGCACAGCAGAAACAAUUUUACAAGUGGAUUUUAACAAGGAAUUACAAAGCUCUUUACAAAGGCACCCGAGGUAGCUCCUCCGGCUUCCUGAACAUCAUUAUGGAGCUUAAAAAGUGCUGCAACCAUAGUUUCCUCAUUAAACAGCCUGAAGAUGGAGACACUGAAACACAACAGGAACACCUGCAGAGUCUAGUGAGGGGCAGCGGGAAGCUGGUGCUGCUGGACAAGCUGCUGACCAGACUCAGAGAAAGAGGCAACCGAGUCCUAAUCUUCUCCCAGAUGGUUAGGAUGUUGGACAUUCUGGCUGAAUACCUCGCCAAGAAUCGCUACCCAUUCCAGCGGCUGGACGGUUCCAUAAAGGGAGAAAUCCGAAAGCAAGCACUUGACCACUUCAAUGCAGAAGGCUCAGAGGACUUCUGCUUCCUGUUGUCCACCAGAGCUGGAGGUUUAGGGAUAAACUUGGCCUCAGCAGACACUGUAGUCAUCUUCGACUCUGACUGGAACCCUCAAAACGACCUGCAGGCACAAGCCAGGGCUCACAGGAUUGGCCAGAAGAAACAGGUGAAUAUUUAUCGACUGGUCACCAAAGGAACAGUGGAGGAGGACAUCAUUGAGCGGGCAAAGAAGAAGAUGGUUUUGGACCAUCUUGUCAUUCAGAGAAUGGACACCACUGGUCGAACUGUACUGGACAACAACUCAGGAAACACGAAUUCAAACCCAUUCAAUAAAGAAGAACUUACUGCCAUCCUCAAGUUUGGUGCCGCAGAGCUUUUCAAAGAGGCAGAAGGAGAGGAGUCUGAACCGCAGGAGAUGGAUAUUGAUGAGAUCCUGAGGUUGGCUGAAACAAGAGAAAGUGACCAAGGCUCAAGUGCUACAGAUGAACUUCUAUCUCAGUUUAAGGUGGCCAAUUUCUCCAGCAUGGAAGAGAGCACUACAGAGUUUGAGGGGAGGCCCAUACGGGAAUGGGAUGAAAUCAUCCCUGAAGAGCAGCGACGCAAAAUUGAGGAGGAGGAGAAGCAGCGGGAGAUGGAGGACAUCUUCAUGCUGCCCAGAAGCAGGAGCUCUAACAAGAGGGCUCGGGCCAAUGACAGUGAUAGUGAUGUGGGUUCCAAGCUGAAGCACCGCUCCUCAGGCUCUGAGAGCGAGACUGAUGACAGUGAUGAUGACAAGAAGCCAAAGAAGAGAGGCAGACCCAGAGCCCGCAAAAACAAUGUGGAGGGUUUCACUGAUGCAGAGAUACGCAGGUUCAUUAAGGCAUACAAGAAAUUUGGAUCUCCACUUGAAAGGUUGGAGGCCAUCGCCCGAGACUCUGAGCUGGUUGACAAAUCCAUAGCAGACCUGAAGAGACUUGGUGAACUGAUUCAUACUAGUUGUGUGACUGCAGUGCAGGAGCAUGAGGAACACCUGAAAGAGAACCCAGUUGAAGCCAAAGGUCCAGGGAAACGGCGAGGAAUUAACAUCAAGAUCUCAGGAGUGCAGGUCAACGCCAAGACCAUUAUCCAGCACGAAGAAGAGUUUGAGCCUCUGCACAAAGUAGUGCCCUCAGAUCCUGCUGAGAGAAAUAAGUUCCAGCUGACAUGCAGAGUCAAGGUAGCCCACUUUGAUGUAGACUGGGAUCUGCAGGAUGACAUUCAGCUCUUGCUUGGUAUCUAUGAGCACGGCUUUGGCAACUGGGAUCUGAUCAAGACGGAUCCUGACCUUAAACUCGCUGAUAAGAUUCUCCCAGACGAUCCAAGCAAGAAGCCUCAGGGCAAGCAGUUGCAGGCGAGAGCCGAGUAUCUUCUCAAGCUGCUGAAAAAAGAACAAGACAGUUCAGACCAGUCUAAAACAGGGGAGGAGGUCAAAGUGAAGAAGAGGAAGCCUCGGGUGAAAAAGGAGAACAAGAUUCUCAAGGAUGAGCAGGGCAACGACAUCUCCUCCCCCCACCUGUCCGACAACCCUUCGGAGGAGGGUGAGGUCAAGGAUGAUGGAACAGAGAAGUCCCCUGCCAAGAAAAGACAAAAGAAAAAGGAUAACAAAGAGAACAAAGAAAAACAGGGAACUCCUAAAAAGGAGAGGGACGGGGACAAAGAAAAAAAGGGUACCAAGCCCAGAAAAGAAAAGGCUAAAGCGGCCAAAGGGAAGAAGACUCAAGGUCCAGUUCACAUUACGGCUGGGUCUGACCCCAUUCCCAUUGAAGGAAAGGAGGAUGAUGAACUCGAUCAGGAGACUUUCAGUAUUUGUAAGGAGCGCAUGAGGCCGGUGAAAAAGGCCCUGAAGCAGUUGGAUAAACCAGAUGAGGGUCUGUCUGACCAGGAGCAGCUCCAGCACACUCGCACAUGCCUACUGAAGAUUGGAGACCGAAUCACAGAGUGCCUUAAAGCUUACAGUGACCCCGACCAUGUCAAAAUAUGGCGUAGAAACCUCUGGAUAUUUGUGUCUAAGUUUACAGAGUUUGGUGCAAGGAAGCUCCACAAGCUUUACAAAAUGGCACAGAAGAAGCGAUCACAUGAAGAAGAGAAGGAGCAUAAGAAGAAGGAGGAUACUGCAGGGAGGGUAAAAUCUUUCAGACCAGAGCCCUCUGGUUCCAGUCGAGACUCCACGGGUACUCAGCCAUCCUCCAAAUCUGCAUCUCACCAGUCAGGCUCCCACGGACACCACAGAGAGCCGUACAACGCAGCUAAUAAGCGGCACUUUGGCAAUGACGAUAGGGGAGACUGGCAGAGGGACCGUAAAUACAGUUACCCAGGUAACAGCAACCAGUCAUGGCAGGGAGACAGACAUCAUCCCUAUGAUCGCUACAAGGAUCAUUAUGGUGAUCGACGUUCACAAGGAGACUCCUACCGCAGCUCAGGCAGUUACCGCAACAACAGCUCCCCUCGAAAAAGGCCAUAUGAGCAGUACAGCAAUGACCGGGACCACAGGGGUCAUCGACCCUAUUACGACAGGCAUCCAGACCCCAAAAGAAGACGUUCUGAUGAAUUCCGUCCCAACUACCACCAAGGAAGAGAAGGCCCUCUUCAGGACUUCAGGAGGAUGCCAGACCCCAGGCCGACAGGUCCACCUGGGCCAGAACACUAUAGCAGGCCCUUCCACCCUGACAAACCUCCUCCACUGCUGGACCCUCGCUCCCCGCAGGCUCAGAAGUCUCCCCAGGAUUCCCGCUCUCCAUCUGAGAGGCCCGCAGAGCCGAACGCUUCAGCAGAUCCUAACUGGAACAACAGGAAAACAUAAAGUAUGCCAGUGCUUGGCUAAGAAACUGAUAUGGGUCUUUUGUCCAGGGUCAAAGCCACAUGCUGCUGAUGGACAAGUAUGGACUCGCCAAUCAUAAGCUCACAGUUGGAAAAGGAAUCAACAUGUACCCUCUUUACCAGCAAAACAAUUUUGCUCUUUUCCCCCAGUGACUGUGGCUGUGAAUGAUUUGUACCCUGAAGGAAAAAGCUUGUUUUCUCCUGUCAUCUUUAUGAUGAAAAAAAACAAGAACUAAAGCAUCUUUAUUUAAAUGAAUUGACUCGAUCUGAGACUGAGUGGAACGCUGAUACAUGAACUGAUGACUGAUCUCAAUCCUAAAAGUGCCUGUAGGUUUUGGCCUUUUUUGAAUGGUAAAUGUAUGGGAUUAUUUCCAAAGGAAGAAUGACAUGGACAUUAUUUUUUGUGUUUAGCUUUAAGUCUUGCAAAUGAUGUCAUUUAGAAUAUUUCAAUACAAACGAAUGUGUAAUGUGUUAUCAUCUGCACCUUCAAAAUGUUUAUCUUGAAUAUGUAGCUGAACUGAAUCAUGGAGUGUCACCAUGUGGGUUAAAAUGGUGGUGUGAUGGGACAGUCUGAUUCUUUAUAAAUUUGAAUGAUCAAUCAAAGCCAGUGUGUUUCCUCUAAACACUUGACAAAAAAUUUGAAAAGGUUUUAGCAAUUUCAUGUUUCUCGUGUAAUAUAUAUUACACGAGAAUAUCAUAAUUUCUGUAAUUGUGUAGCUAUAUAAAUCAUUGCAGUCCUCUUGCUUUGUUCACUUUAAUCACUGUCGCCCAAUGAAAUGGAAGCUCUGUAAGCAGUAUUUAUUGCAACAACUUGUGCAAAGGUUCAUAACACUAGGACUUAGAACUAUCCUUUAUUUUUGCCUUUCAGUAUUAUGAUGGUUAAAAUGGUACUUCAGUGUAGUUUGAUUAAUUCACCCAUCUUUCCACAUACUGUAUGUAAGUACUCAAUUAUGUAUGAAAAUACUAUGUGGUAAAACAUUUUCUUUCCUAAUCUAUGGUUUGCCAAUAUUUCUGAUUCACAGACCGUUGGCUGGUUGGUUGUUAAAGGGUUAUCAGGAAGUUCCUGAUGACAUUUCAUUAUGUUUAUAUCCUUUGGUCACUCUUUUCCUGUGCCAAAUCCUGUCCUGCUCUGGCCCUGAAUUGUUUUUUUUUAUGCUUCUCCAUUUGUGCCUUAUUUAUGUGUGUAUUAUCAUACUGUAUAUUGGUUCAUGGACAGUACUGGGGUCUAACAUAGGCAGGAUGUGUAUUAUUACAGUCACAUUUUAAGGAAAUUGCUCUGACUAACUAAAUAAGAAUUCAGUGAGAACAGGUGAAGGGACCAUGUAUUCUGGUAAAUCAUUGUGUGUUUCGUCCAGGGCACUUAACUGACUUGUUACAGUGAACAGCCAGCACAUCUUUUCUUUCACGUUAAGCAAGCUACAGUUCCUGUAUCAUAUGUUCUUUAAGAAAGUUCUAAAUAAUUUAUAUUUGUGACAAAACCACUCUUCAUGAGCAAUGUGCUGUACAUAUGUUUGGACAUAUGUAAUAAACUUUGUUACACAAUGAAA